AGAUAAGCACCGCUCUUUCGUUUAUGUUUGUGAAAGCUAUUCUUUGAUGGUUGUGGCGUUGGAGAACGCUUCCGCAGCAGCCACCGCUCUUUCGUUCACUAUUCUUCUUCUCUCUCUGUCUGUGUGUUAGGGUUUGUGUGGCGUACUUAUUGUGUAGGGUUGCGCACAGCAAAAUGGAAACCUGGGAAAGUUUUGGAGGCCAUAUUGAGUUCAAUUCUCAAAGUUUGGGAGAUGGUGACAGUAAUGCAUUAAUUUUGCCGGCUAAGAGGAUGAAGAAAAGGAAAGGGAUGAAAAAGGAACAUGGAAAAGUCCAAUCAAAUAAGAAACAGAAGUUGAGUAAACCUCAGAAAAGGAAGCUGAAGAAGUUGGAGGAUGAUAAGGAGAAACAACUUCUGCUUGCAAAAGCCCUUAAGACAUUAAAUGAAAACGUGCUUCCAGAGUAUGCGUAUCCACUUUUGCAGUCUUCAUGCAAUAUCAAUCGGGAUGAGACUAUGAAGGAAAAGCGUAGGAGGGCUGUACAUUUAUUAAAAGAAGGGUUGGAGGUUCCACAUGAUGAUGAGCUGUCUAAGAAACAGGAUUUUUCAUGUAGAAUUGAACCUGAGACAGAAGAGAUUCAUUUGGUGCAGGCUCAGGAAGUUGGUGCAGAUAUCAUUCAACCAAUUAGAACAGAAAGAAAAGUCUUAAAUACAACAUCUGUUCCUUUGGAGUCCUCUCAAGAACAAGUUCAUGGAAAUGAAGCUGUAAAUUAUAAAUCUGUUGCUAAGCCUCUAGCUGGCAUUUCCAUUGACAAGCGACCUGAUGAAAUCAGAAGUUCUUCUCCCAGGUCUUGCUCUAAUGAUGAGGUAAAAAGCACCAAGUCAAAGGAUAGGACAGAAGAGAAUACAAAUACCAGUUUCAAUGAAUUGAGAAACCUUCCAGAACUUUCUGCACAUAGGCCUUCGACUGUUCCUACUGUUGUGCAUGUAUACAGACCAACGGAGGUUGAAGACAAAAGAAAGGAUCUGCCCAUUGUCAUGAUGGAGCAAGAGAUAAUGGAAGCUAUAAAUGAUCAUUCUAAUGUUAUCAUAUGUGGAGAAACUGGAUGUGGUAAAACAACUCAAGUUCCUCAGUUUCUUUAUGAAGCUGGCUAUGGUUCAAGUAAGUCUCGUAUUCACAAUGGUAUUAUUGGUGUUACUCAACCACGUCGGGUGGCUGUUCUUGCCACAGCAAAGCGUGUGGCAUAUGAGCUUGGUCUUCAUCUAGGGAAGGAGGUUGGCUUUCAAGUUAGAUAUGACAAGAGGAUUGGAGAAAGUUGUUCUAUCAAGUUUAUGACCGAUGGAAUUUUGCUCCGGGAAGUUCAGAAUGAUAUUUUAUUAAGGCGUUACUCUGUCAUAAUUCUUGAUGAGGCUCAUGAGAGGAGCUUGAACACAGACAUUCUGAUCGGGAUGCUCUCACGUGUAAUUAAAACUCGCCAAAAGAUUUAUGAUGAACAGCAGAAGAUGAUACUUUCAGGGGAAAAUAUCAGUUCUGAAAAAAUGGUUUUUCCAUUAAAACUUGUGCUGAUGAGUGCCACCUUGCGAGUACAAGACUUUACUUCUGGAAGGUUAUUCCAUACUCCUCCACCCGCGAUAGAAGUUCCUACGAGGCAAUUUCCAGUUACAGUGUACUUUUCAAAGAAAACUGAGAAAACAGAUUAUAUUGGAGAAGCAUAUAAGAAGGUUUUGGCAAUUCACAAGAAGUUGCCACCUGGGGGCAUACUUGUCUUUGUAACCGGGCAAAGGGAAGUAGAGGACUUGUGCCGGAAGUUACGCAAAGCAUCAAAGGAGUUCAUCAUGAAAAAAGUUAAAGGGUCUGUGGAAAGUGAUGGCUCUGUGGUCCAGGAAACAAAUUCUGUUGAGGGAAUACACAUUAAUGAGAUCAAUGAAGCAUUUGAGACUCAUGGAAGUUCAGCCAUCCAGCAAACUGAUAGGUUUAGUGGUUAUGAUGAAGAUGAGGGUGAUGUAGACGGGAAUGAAUCUGAUUUUUCAUAUAAUUCAGAAACAGAGAGUGAACUGGAGUUCGAUGAUGAUGAUAGUCUUGAGCAUUCAGAGAAUAAGAGUAAUAUUGUGGAUGUCUUAGGACAGGAAGGAAGUCUUGCUUCACUGAAGGCUGCUUUUGAAAACUUAUCUGGGCAAGCUCCAUUAAGUUCCUCAAAUGGGGAGCAGACAUUAUCUGUGGAUAAAGAAGGUAGUUUAGACCAAUCAAAAAUUUCAAGGGAGAAAAGAUCUAGAGAAAAUUGCAGUCUUUCUCCAGGCGCACUUUUUGUUCUACCUCUUUAUGCCAUGCUGCCUGCAGCAGCUCAACUUCGUGUAUUUGAAGGAGUCAAUGAGGGAGAACGGCUCAUUGUCGUUGCCACAAAUGUUGCUGAAACAUCUUUAACAAUCCCAGGUAUAAAGUAUGUGGUUGAUACUGGAAGGGAAAAGGUGAAGAAUUAUGACUCCUCUAAUGGUAUGGAGACAUAUGAAGUACAAUGGAUAAGUAAGGCAUCUGCUGCUCAACGUGCAGGCAGAGCUGGAAGAACUGGACCUGGACACUGUUACCGUCUCUAUUCUUCUGCAGCCUUUAAUAAUGAAUUUCCUGAGUACUCUCCUGCUGAAGUUGAGAAAGUACCUGUUCAUGGUGUUGUCCUCCUCUUGAAGUCCAUGCAUAUUAAGAAGGUUGCGAACUUCCCAUUUCCUACUUCUCUUAAAGCUGCUUCCCUGCUUGAAGCUGAGAAUUGCUUAAAAGCUCUUGAAGCACUUGAUAGCAAGGACGAACUUACACUUUUGGGAAAAUCCAUGGCGCUUUAUCCCUUGAGUCCUCGUCAUUCUAGAAUGCUCCUCACUGUUAUUAAAAAUACAAGGCACAAGCAUAAAUGUAAUCCAAGUCUGCUUUUGGCAUAUGCGGUUGCUGCUGCGGCAGCAUUGAGCUUGUCAAAUCCUUUUGUAAUGCAAUAUGAAGGAAAUGAUAGUAGCAGGGAUUCAGAGAUGUCUGAGAAAUCUAGCAUGGUAGACAAUGACAAGGACAUUGAUAAAAAGGAAAAGUUGAGGAGAAAGAAACUAAAAGAAACUGCUAAAGUUGCACGUGAAAAAUUUCGAGUUGUCACUAGUGAUGCCCUAACCAUAGCUUAUGCUUUGCAGUGUUUUGAACAAUCACAAAAGUCAGUAGAAUUCUGUGAUGACAAUGCCUUGCAUUUCAAAACCAUGGAUGAAAUGUCCAAACUUAGACAACAGCUACUUAAACUUGUCUUUUUUCAGAGUGAUAAAGGUGGUUUUGAAGAAGAGUAUUCAUGGAUUCAUGGAACUCUUGAGGAUGUAGAACGUGCUUGGGGGGCUCCCUCUGAAAAAUAUCCUCUUUCACUGGUUGAGGAAAGGCUCAUCUGUCAAGCAGUAUGUGCUGGCUGGGCAGAUAGGGUUGCGAAACGUAUUCUAUCUUCUUCUAGGGCCUCCGAUGGAGAGAAAAGUUCUCAUAUUGUUAGGUAUCAAUCAUGCAUGGUUGAAGAAAGUAUUUUCCUUCAUCGUUGGUCAUCAGUUUCCAUUGUAGGCCCUGAGUUUUUGGUUUACAAUGAACUAUUAGAGACAAAAAGACCAAACAAACAAGGGAUAACAAGUGCGAAGAGAGCAUACAUGCAUGGAGUAACAAGUGUGGAGCCAGCUUGGCUAGUUGAGCAUGCCAAAUCUUCAUGCAUCUUCUCUCCACCCCUGAUGGAUCCUAGACCUUUCUAUGAUUCCCAGACUGACCAAGUAAAAUGUUGGGUCAUCCCAACCUUUGGGCGUUUCUGUUGGGAGCUUCCAAAGCAUUCAUUGCCCAUCAGCGAUGAUGAUCACCGAGUGCAAGUGUUUGCCUAUGCUUUGCUUGAAGGCCAGGUGUGUCCAUGUUUAAAAGUUUAUCGAAAAUACAUGUCAGCCCCUCCUGAAAGUAUUAUGAAGAGAGAAGCAUUUGGUCAAAAAAGGGUGGGAAAUCUUUUAAGCAAGUUAAAGAGCAAGCUGAUUGAUAGCUCUGCUAUGUUAAGAAUGGUGUGGAAGGAGAAUCCAAGGGAAUUAUUUUCAGAAAUUUUGGAUUGGUUUCAGCAGAGUUUUCACAAGCACUUUGAAGAGUUGUGGUUACAAAUGCAUAGGGAAGUGCUUCUGGAGACACAAGAACACCCUCUAAGUAAAAGUUUUAAAAAGAAGUUGAAAGGAAAAUCUAAAUCGCUACGAUGAUUGUUCAACAGUAAAGGAAAGGAACGAAUCCCAGUUUUAGCCACAGCCAGUGAUGACAAGAAAGUUGUGGGCAUCUCCAUCACUGUAUUCAUCCUGAACUACUACAUCUACCUCAGUACACUAAUCUGUAACUUUAGCAUGAUCAAUCACCUAGCUGUGACAACUAAUUUAUUUGCAAGGGAGAUGCUGCAUGGAGUUACUCAUCUUUGGUUUCUUCGCCCUCUUUGGUGUACACAAUUUGCAACUUGAUGGAAGCUGCAUGGUAUAUCAUGGAAAGUAAAAUGAGAAAAUAGGAUGAGUUGAAAUUGAUACAAGUCGAGUUUGUUGCUUCUUAGAUUUAUAUGUCACUGAAUUUAGUGGCUAAGAAUUUUGUAGUGAUUAGAUAAUAAGGAGUUGGUUUUGGCUGCUAGUGAGCCAAAUGUGAAUAAUUUGGUGGAGAGAGGAGUAAAAGCAACUUUGGAAAAAGACAUUGGUCAUAUUGCUUAAUUACACACCAUUAACCUUUUUUGUUACGGUCCAAGGUCCUAUUUAACCUUGCUGAUUUUUGCACCAUGUUU